GUUAUUGAUCUUACGGGAAUAUCACAAGAGCUUGCCUACUUGGCGAGCGAUGCUGACCUUAUCAUUCUGGAAGGCAUGGAUCACUCACCAUGAGCUCUCUUCUUCAAAGUUUUCAGAGCAAGGAAGCUCUGCCCAUGUCGCAACCUACAGGAGGAGAAGGACUUGGCGUGCGCAAAAGGCUGUCUUCUCUAUCCCUCAGGAUGAACAUGCGCACAAGGUCUGCUUGUCAACAACCCAUUCUCUCAUUCUACUCCACCACCUCCUCCUCAUGGGCAUUUCGCCGAUCCAAAUCCUUAUCCUCUUUAUCGGCAGGAAUGGGAGAGUACGCUGGCAAUUCCAUUAGGAAAUGGUGGGACUGGGGAUUGGGCUGGAUCAUGUCCAAGAAGCCCACCUUCGCCAACGAUCUGGAAAUGAAUGAAGAGGAGAAAGCCGUAUUGGGAUGCAACAGCAAGUGUAGCUGGAGGCACGUAUUUUACAAAGUAAGGUCGGAGCUGCGAAGGUUCGUCGGCUCUGGGAACAAUGUGGGUCUACCUCAAACCUGCCGCUAUGACUCCUUCAACUACUCCAAGGACAACUUAAUCAGCAACAACUGAUGGAUUGCUACUACACUAGGCUCCUUUUGUCAUUGAGUGGUUGCCAAAUAAUUACUUACUUCAGUACUAGAUCGAGAGUUAAAAUGUCCAGCCACACUAGUUUGCAGCGAGUACGUACGUAAAUGUAUAAAGUGAAUUAUUUCACAGCUGUCCUGGAGGCAUUCAGCCAGCUUUUUUUUUCCCUCCUGUAAUUCUUUUCACCAUUCUCGUAUCAUAUUAUGUACUUUUCUCCGUUUGAUUUAUGCAUAAAAAUUACUUUGUUCCA